AAUAGUCUUAAAAGAAAUUUAAUGCGCAAAAUAAGUAUAAUCAGUAUUUUCCUUCAAGAUUUUGACUCGGAACUAGAAAACCUGUUGUCUCCAUAAGUGAAGAUAUAUUUAUCAAACAGCAUUCGGAUACAAAAUUUACAAAUUAACGGAUAUGGAUGAUACUGGGAGUUCAAACGACGAGAGAAAGCAGACAUUUUUAUUGAUAAACUGCUUAAAUUUAAAUGGAGCGUCCAAGGAUAUAAUUAAUUAUAGAAUAUCUUGCUUCAAAACGAUGGAGGCCAUGUACUGUAUUGCAAAUUUAGAAAAAAGUCCAAUGCGAGGUUAUUUUAUAGGUAGUCAAAUUGAAGGCACUGCACUUAUCGGUUCCGAGUCGGAUGAAGAUAUCAUGUUCGUUAAUGAGGAUAUAACUGUUAUUUGUGAAACAAAUCGACAUAAAGUGGAUCAAUUAGGAGAGCGUUUAAAAAGAACGCAUAGUACAGAGGUUAAAUCACACUUUCCAAUUGGUGUUAUUAUAGAAAGCGAUGAAACACCUGGAUAUGUACAGAUAAGAGUUGUUGACGCCAAAACAUACCACCCAUUAACAAAAUGUGAUAUAAAUCCAAUAUCACAUCUGUGCUAUACUGAUUCCAAGGGCUUUCUCCUCAUAAGUACAGAAAAACUUAAAACAAAAAUUGGAAUUGUUGCUUCCGAAAGAUAUAGGAAUGGUCCCGCCAUGACAGAAACAUCUACUAAAGAGUUUCAUUCUUCAGACCUUGUUUAUGGACUCUAUACUAAAGCUUGGCCAAAAUCGGCGGAUGAAUGGCUAUCAAGAAAACGAAGAUAUCUAUGGCCACCGACGAAUGUCACAAAGCGUGUUGACGACGGUUGUUUUCUUGUUCCAACUGGGUCUUCUUAUGAAUCUGAAACAAUUUGGAGACUUUCGUUCGUUCAAAUCGAAAAAGAAAUGGUUUGGACUUGGUCAGCUAUGCAGUAUAAGUGUUUUAUGCUUCUAAAACUUAUUAAAAGAAAUAUAUUACAAAUAGUUUUACCAAAUGUCAUAUCAUCGUAUCAACUAAAGACAAUAAUGUUUUGGGUGUCUGAGGAAACGGAUCCAUUGUUUUGGAAAACAAAUAAUAUAAGAGAAUGUUUUUCUCGAUGUCUGAAAUUUCUUUCGGAAUGCGUACAAAACGAAAAUUGUCCACACUAUUUUGUCAGAACAAACAACCUUUUCCGAGGAAAAUUAAAUAAGAGGCAAAAAGAAGAGCUGAUAAGUAUUUUAUCUCGAAUUUUACAGAAUUUUUGGACUGAGGUGUUUAAAAUCCCCUGUCUGUGUAAAGUAAGCGAAAACCUAGAAGAAGGAGAAAUUGAAUGCUUCGCUGAUGUCCUGACAGCAACAUUGCGACAUCCAGCAUUAUUAAAUGAAAUAAUUAACUUGUAUUUCAGUGUUAUCAUUAGCUUAGCCACAUCAGCAAUGAAGCCAGCCUUCAAGUUCCUCAGGAAAAACGACAUCGAUAAAGCUAUCGAAAGACAUCAUGAAUAUCGUUUGCUUAUAGCAAGAUUUUCCUUGACAGAUCCAGAACAUCUUGAACUUGAGCAACUUCUAAAUCGUUUAAUCGAUAUAAGUUUGGGUUCACAGUUGAAUUCGAAGGCCUGCAAAACCGAAAAUAAUAUAGAAAAAACAAAACUGAUACAUGAAGCAGAAAUGUUAUUAAAACGUGGCAUCAACAUAGACACUGCAUCAGGAAGGCUUAAAUUGGCAACACUGUACUUCUGUCAAGGCAAAUAUAGAAGUGUGCGAAAUCUUAUCAAUGAAGUUUUGUCCACUGAAGGAGUGUUUCAAUUGAACGGAUUUGAGCCACAAAGUCCGAAUAUUUCUCCCGCCUAUGCUCUUCGAAUUAUUUCUGAACAACCAUGCCUUACAUCAACACUACGAGACCAUGGGGCUUUGGAAUUAGUGUUUUUACCAUCAGAAAUCAACUCGGCUCCAGAUCCCAUUAAGUUUGAAAUACACAGGGCAGUACUAGCAGAACAAGAAUGUAGUCUCGAUCAUCCACUUAGUUGGGCUACUUUUGAUACUGAUUUUUAUGCAUUGCUGUUGAAGUUUCUUAUUCUGCACAAGCAAAAUGAAUAUGAAGAAAGAAAUGCUACGCUUGCAAAACUUCGCGAAUAUGUAAAAAACACUAAUUCGUUUCAUAAUAGAAUUUCUGCCAUGAAUGUUGUUGGAUACUGUCUCCAACUAGUAGGAGAUGUUCAAUGGGCUCUUGAUGUAUAUCUAGGAUCCCUUGUCUUGUUAAAAACUCACAAUUCGGCUGCAUGGCAUCUGGCGCUUCUUGUGUGGAAUGUAUACAACUCAUCCAAAUUGUUAAAUGAAAAAAAGGGAAUUUGAGUACGCAAUUUUCCCUGUGAUUGCAAGGAUUUUUAGUUAAUAUAAUUAAUGCCACUGCUGGUGGAGAUUUAUUUCCCCGAUGGUAUCACCAGCCCAGACAUCAGUUGUUGUGCUGACAUGAAUUAUCAUUGAUAUGGUUAUAUUUAUUAAUUAAAUGUUUACAAAA